UUGCAUACCGUGUUUAUGUGCGUUUGCGUUCAGAAGCGUUUUUAAAAGAUAACCUCAGGAGACCUUCCCAAAUGCCCAGAAUGCACUGAAAAAUAGUAAAUAAUUAACUAUUUCAGACAUUUUGAGAGAAAUAGAGAGAGCAGAAGCAGAGAGAGAUCAGUGUGUGUUGAGAUGACCUGUCUUUUCUGGUUGUAUUCUCUAUGGAUCCCAUCAUGAGCAUAAUGCAGCACGUUCUACCAUUUUUUCCUGGAACUGACUGCACUGGUGUGCUAGGUCCAUUUGCAUACAUGGAAAAUGCUUUGCAUGCAUUUCUGAUGAUGAAAAAAAGCUCUGGAGAGCAUCUGGACAUUGAACAGUUAAAAGAC